GAAGUUUACGUUUUGCUAUUACUGUAUUAUAAUUAAAUAAAAAGUAUCCUACGGUAAAAUCUGCAUAAAAUACGAAGAGAAUUAACCAGUUUAAAUGAUGGUUCCAUACCAAUUUCGUUAAAACAUUUGCAAUAGGCUAUGCAUUUUAUUUCAAUUCAAUGUUUUGAUGCUCACGUAGCGUUUAUGAUUCACUGAACCUAGAUGGAUAGUGCUUAUUUCUCAUCUUAUUUUUCACACGUGAGACUUAAAGUUUAACGUUAUAAAAUUAGUAACAAAUCGGAAAUCAUCCACAAUUAUCAUGGAGAACAAACUUGAGGAAAUCAACCUAAUGGAUACUCAAAUAGUUACACUCCCAAGUGACAUGUUCAAUACCAAUCGGCUGAUGUUCACCACAUACGACGGCAAUACAAUAUUAGGCACAGAUCCUCUUACAUUGGAAAACAUGGGCUUGAACUAUGUCACCAUCCCCGUCCAGAUUAUUCAGGAGCCUCCAAUACAACAGCAGAUCAUUACUGAAGUCGCCCCAGAAGCCACAACGAUAUAUAUACCGGUAGAUCAAAACCAGUUGACAUACUUCAGCAAUGGCCAGGUUAUGAUAACAGACGAAGGUCUUCUGACAGCUAUGGGAGGUCAGCAGAUUGUAGACAAAGACAGUCUGUUUAUAACUCCAACGGCUAUGGGGGACUCAAUACUCAAACCUGUUGGCAAAGAAAAUCUAACUCUGACUACCAACGGGUUGAACACUCUGGAUUUGUCUUGUCUGACUACCACUGAAGAUCUUCUACUGGAGCCUCAAGUACAGAUGGAAGCAGAGCCUACAGAACAUAUCUGGAUCCAGCAAGAACAACAAGAUCAACAACUGGAUCAGCAACAACUGCUGAUACAGCAGAAUCAGCAACAAUCACUAUUGCUGCAGCAUCAACAAUUGCAGCAACAACAGUUGCAGCAACAAAUAAUACAAAUUAGGCAACAACAACAACAACAAGAAGAAGAACAACAACAACAACCAUCAACGUCUGCCACUGUCACACAGAAGGCUAAGGAUAGCGCCGUCCAGAAUAAGGAAUCUAACAAAGAUAUUCCUCCUCCUUUGAGAAAGGGCCCUUUCAAAUGUGAAAUCUGCUUCAAGGAGUUUCCGCAGUAUUCAAAAUACAGGAAACACUCGCAACUUCAUCUGGACGACAAACCACACAAAUGUUCCGACUGUCCUGCGUCUUUCAACAUUUCCACGAACCUCAUUUUACAUAAAGCGAUUCACAAUCUUGACCGACUAGAGUGUCCAGAGUGCCUUAAAAGAUUCAGCCGAGUGGCCAGUUUGAAAGCUCACAUCUUCCACCACGAGAAAGAAGAGAGUAUGUUUUGUACUGAGUGUGGAGAUGAGUUUGGAAACCAGAUUCAGCUAGAUAAACACAUGAAAAGCCAUGAUGACGAGUGGGUGAAGCCUCCGGCCAGAGUCUAUCAGUGUCCGAACUGUGACAAGAAAUACUCCAAGGCCUCGGUGCUACGACAACACAUCAAGGACCACUUCAAGGUAAAGGCUGCACUAAGUGCCAAUAGCUACAACCGAGCGCUGCGCAGAGGACGGUUGCUGCACUCAUGUGUCGAGUGUGGCAAAAGUUUCCAGAAACCCAGUCAGCUGAUUCGACACAACAGGAUCCAUACUGGAGAAAAACCUUUCAAGUGUGAUGUGUGCCCAAGAUCCUUCAACCAGAAGGGGUCUCUUCUGAUACACAUGAUGUCCAAACACAAAGGAAUGAGACCCUACCAAUGUCAGUUUUGUAGUGCGGCUUUCAGCCAGAAAGGUAACUUACGAGCGCAUGUGGUCAGGCUGCACUCGAUUCCCAAUACGCAAGAGACGGUGUACCAGUGCUCUGAGUGUUCUUGUGUGUUCCGUAAACUCGGCAGUCUAAACGCUCAUGUUAACAGAAUGCACACUCCCUCCGUACCUCUGGCUGAAAAGAGAUUACUUGAUCUCCCUCAGUCCAAAUCCAGCACGGAUCAGGCAACACAUGGCACCAAAGACACUUCAGAUAAGGAGAACGAUGCUCAAGAGGAGAAGGAUGGAAUUAGUCAUCAAGUGAUCACCAUCUAUAAUAAACUGGAUGAUGGGAGAGUCGAGCACACAACAAUCAAACAGAGAAAGGUCGGGUCCAUUAAGUGGCAUCAGUGUACUUUCUGCGGUAAAGAGUUCAAGAAACCCUCGGAUCUGGUUAGACACACUCGUAUACACACUCAGGAGAAACCAUUCAAGUGUAAGAUCUGCAACCGAGGGUUCACAGUUCGAUCCACACUAGUCAACCACUUGAGGAUACAUCACGACGGGAAAGAACAUAGGUGUGACUCCUGCGAUCAGGCGUUCACUACUCCUAGCGACCUCAAAGCACAUAAAAAGGCAGAACAUGGCAAGAGUGCGGACGACGCUCAAGAAGCACAAGCAGUGCGGGUGGUAGAGGCUAGUGCAGACGACACGCCACAGCAAGAGCCAGCUGAUACAGCAGUCAGCGUAGAGCAGUCUGAAACUAUGAUCCCAGCUGUAUAUCAGAGACCACUGGUCAUCACUGAUCAAGGUCUGAUGCAGAUAGUAUCAUUAAGAGAAUUUCGGUCGUCAUCCUCUGGAGACAGGCCGCACCAGUGUAUGAUCUGUGGUCAGAGCUACCGCAAGAGUAACCAUCUCAAGGUGCAUUUGCGGACACAUUCUGGCGAACGUCCUUACGUCUGCAACCUCUGUAACAGAUCGUUCACGUCUGCGGGUGUGCUGAAGGGUCACAUGCGGACGCACACGAUGCUCAAGACACACCGUUGUGGGACGUGUGGCAAGUACUUGAGUACUAAGGGCUCUCUUCAACGACACUUAGAGACGCACACACUCGGACACCCGUACAUGUGUCCUUACUGCAAUAGAACGUACAAGACACACAGCGCCUGUAGGAAACACAUCAAGACUCACAAACUCGUAUUGACUGAGGUGACGGAGGACGAGGGACAGGAGGGGGAAAGUGAGGCAGUGGUGGAUGUGGAGGAGGUAGAACCGGAGACGGGAACAGCAUCGCAGGCAGACUUGAUAGCAACAGCAAUGCCUAACAUAGAGGCUCUCGUUGUCAAUGAUGGCAAUAUCAGCUCGUCAAUCAUCAUAUCUCGAGUGGAUGGAGUCGGUGAAGGCAUUAGUCAGACCCUGCAUGCUGAUGCUAAUGGAACAGUGACUCUUCCCAAUCUUUCUGGUCAAGACACACUCACACAGGAGAGUAUCAGAGAGAUAGAAGAACGGCUGAACCAACAGCUGUACGGCACAGCUGACCUGAGCACACUAGAUAAGGAAGUGGUUCUGUUUGACCAAGGCUUCGAGUUCCCCGGCAUUACACUGCAGGGUGAACAGUUAGAACUGGGCUUAGCAUCUGGUAACCUUUACAACGCCAGCAUAAUCCAGACUACUCAUAAAGACGCUAAGAGUUUCAGUUGUGACGAGUGUGGAGCGCAGGUGAAGAGUAAACAAGAUCUCGAGGCUCACCGUUUGUCUCAUUUGUCCAACAUUCAAACAGAGCCUAACAACAUCGCCUUGAGGGAUACAAUAACAAUCGAGCUAGACGACGAUGUACCUCAAACAGAUCUGGCAAGCAUAGAACAGUCAACAGAGGAACAAGAGGUAGAGUUUCGGUGUGACGUUUGCAACAUGGUUGUGAGUGACGGAGAACAGCUGGCGAGUCACAGGGAGACUCACAGCUCUUGUGAGAUCUGUGAGAAAACCUUCGCCACCCCAGCUCAAUACAGGGCACAUAUCAAAAGCCAUGGCCGGGAAAAAGAGUUUGCCUGUGGCCAGUGUGGUGCCACCUUCACCCAACUGUCUUCUCUGACUAGGCAUAUGUCGUUACACAACUCUGAAGAUAGGCCCCUAUUCAUCUGCGCCGUCUGUGGCAUAGUGUGUCGGAGUGAGUUGCACUUGAAGAGACACAGCACGUUGGUGCACAAUAUGGCGGAAGGUGUGCCGGCGCGACCACGGCGACGGCGCGGCGAUGUCCGUCAACUCACGGAGGAGGAGGCCAGUAAACUGGUGGAAUCCACCAUCACAGAGGCCAGCUCCAUGAGUGAACGUGUGCUGCUUUCCUCACUGAAAGAACGGGAGAGAAUCAGUGACGUUAAGGACCCGGAGUUGUAUAAGAACGAACCGGUCCACCCGAACCAGUGCAAGUACUGUCCGAAGAGUUUCCGCAAACCGAGUGACCUGGUGAGACAUCUACGGAUACACACGGGAGAACGGCCUUACCAGUGCGACUACUGCUCUAAGUGUUUCACCGUCAAGUCCACGCUUGACUCCCACCUCAAGACUCACAAUGUGCCGAAGAGAUGUGUUUGUCACAUGUGCGGGUACUUCUUCGCCACCAAGGGCUCAUUGAAGGUCCACAUGAGGUUACAUACAGGUUCUCGUCCGUUCCGGUGUCCGGUGUGUAACCAGAGGUUCCGCACGUCUGGUCACCGCAAGGCACAUCUGAUGCUGCACAUCAGGGAGGCACAGCCCCAGCUGGUAAACAUUACAACGGACAACCCACCUGCACAAGAUACCAACGUGAUGCAAAUACAGCUGAUGCAGUACCAGUGUUCCGUGUGUGAUAAAUGGUUCAGUAAACAAACAAACCUGGUGAGACACAUGCGAGUGCAUACGGGAGAGAAGCCUUUCAACUGCAAGGAGUGCAGCCGCAGUUUCUCCCAAAAGAACUCGCUGGACAAGCACACUACCACCGUUCACUCCGGUGAGAAGCAAUGGUCGUGUAGCGAGUGUCCUAAAAAGUUCUCUCAGAAGGGCAACCUAGAGACUCACAUCAAAAGGUACCAUGCCCCCGCUACCACCUCCGUUAACGCCACCACCAACACCACCUCAAAUUUUAUAGACCUCAGCGAAGAGAGGUUCCCCGUGGACCUGGAGAAGGUGGUUAACGACCUGUUUCAUACCACCGAGUUAUAGUAUUAGAUAUCGGAAACAUUCUGAAGUGAAUGUAACUAAUUAAAAAUUGUGGUAUAUAUUGAGUUUUGAUAUAAAUUUGUACAGUCUCUUAUUAAUCGGACACUUUGUAGUCCAAGGUACUCGGUUGUCAGAUUUAAUCCGGCAAUAUUGGAAAAGACGAGCCUGCCUUGACAUACAAUCAAAUACAAAUCAAAUCAAAUGGAUGGUCCCACACAAGCGAAGCCAACGAGUUAACGAGUUAACAAGUCCAUGGUCUUUGAACCUAAUUAACACCAUUAUAGGGAUCUACAUACAAAUAUAUUUACAAGGGUGAAAACAAUAACACUAGGAAGCCUGAUCUGAAGGAUCUGAUAACUUAAACCUUAUAAGAAUAACUAAUUAAAAAAUUAAGAAAAUAAAAUUAAGAAAGAAUUUGACAAUAAUGUCAAAAAUACAGCCCUCCAACUUGACUUUUUCUUCUUACUUGGUUAUUAUUGUUCUUAUUUUGGUUCUUUGUUUUUACAAACCAAAAUGAUUAGUAUCAUACCAUACUAGUUAUCAUUGAAUAUUUUUAAUUGUGUUUUUACUCCAUUAGCAUGUUUAAACCAUUUUUGCGUGGGAGUACAAACCCUGGUCUUGUUACUAAGUCAAAUUUUCUCAGAGAGCAUCAUCAAAUGAUCAAGACAAAUGGGUAUCAAACACAUUACAAAAUAAUAAUCAUAUUUAAUAAUGAUCAAACACAUUAAGAAUAUCCGAUGUUGAUUAUUUGCAGGGCUGUGCGAAUCCAGAAAUUUUGGUUCGAAUCCGAAUCCGAAUCAUAGCUGUACAGAUUUUAUCGAAUCCGGAUCGAAUCCGAAUGUUUUAAU